AUGACGGAAACUCUUUCGCUGAAGCGCAUGGCCUGCGUGGCCUGCACAAAGGCAAAGCGGAGAUGCAGCAAACAGACCCCCGCUUGCCGUCGAUGCAUCGAAAAGAAGGCCGUGUGUCGCUAUCCAGCACGUCGUCGCACGCCACCGUAUCAUCUCGUAUUUUCCCAAGAGGGAGUUGUUACUACUAUUCCAACACACGAGAGCGACCAGAAAGCCCUCCAAGACCGUAUCUCUGGGUUCGAAGGGCAGGGAAUGCAGGGCAACACGGUCGCCACCCAGCGACCAACUAAUACCAGCUGUGCCUAUCUGCUGAAGAGCCCAUGGUUCCUCUGUCCUCUUUCCUGGGAAAUAGAUCACAGCGACGACCUCACAUCCCAGAUAAACUUCAGCGACGCCGCCCUCACGUACUACAUCGACAAACUACAGAGCUGGUUAAAGCAGUGGACAGCCGAGGGCCGCUGUCCAUUCAUCCACUCUAGCCUCUACCAAGUACACCUACCUGACUGCAUCCAAGAUGUAUUCACUACCUUAGCCGCGUACCAGUCGCGGACACCGGCGACGAUGAAGAUGGUGCUGCGCAUCGUCGAGCAGCGCGCCAAUCGGCUGGUUGAGGAGCACACGCCUGUGCCGGACGAGCUCGGUGUCAUCAUGUUGGACCCAGCCGCUCAUCUUGCUCGCACACAAGCCCUUCUAAUCUACAAGAUCAUCCGUCUGUUCGACGGCGAUAUCCGUGCACGCGCUCAGGCCGAGGCGCACAUCGAUAUUCUCUCACAGUGGGCGCGCCAACUAUGGCAAAGUGCUCAACUAGCUGUCUCGUUGGGGCAGACAAAAGGAGCCCCAGAUCAAGAUGCCGAUGGGUUGGUCCGCUUGCAGCUACGAGCUGGCGAGAACCUCGCAUCCAUAUGGCGCGCUUGGGGUUUUGCCGAGUCAAUUCGCCGAACAUACCUCACCGCCACCCUCACCGAAGCUGUGUUCCAAACGCUGAAGCAAGGCUGGGCGCCGUGCCCUGGAGGCAUCACCUUCACGGCCGCCAAGGGGAUGUGGGAUGCGCCGCACCCGCUGGCUUGGUUGGACGAGUUUCGGCUAGGUGGCGUCAUCACUAUUCAAUGUAUAGAAGGGUAUCGUCUGUUUGGGGAAGCACUUCCCUGUGAUGUCGAUGAGUUUACGCAUGCCACUCUGAUCGUGUCGUAUGGCCUAGAGAGGUUUGAGGAAUGGUCCACAAAAGGGAAGGAUGAAUGGUCCGUUUAG